UCUCCGGCCUCCAAUGCAGACAGUGAGCCAGCAGACUCACAACCAGGCAACACUACACAAAACUGUCUGAGGUUCGCUCAUUCCUCGCAGGUGAAAUUGGCCGAAACACACAGAAGGAUAAAGCCCGAAAUCCAGGCCCUGGGGGCAUGCACAUCAGACCUUGAACAACGGGUUGAAUCAGUGGUCCAGGCACACAACUCGGUGGUACAGCACUUCACCUCUAUGAAACAACAUCUUAAUAGCCUGGAGAUGAUGGUGGAGGACCUCUCCAAUCACUCCAGGCAAAAUAACUUGCACAUAAGGGGUCUGCCAGAGACACUUAACGAGGGUCAACUGAUACGGAAAAUGGAGGACUACUUCCAGCACCUACUGCCUGACAUCCUGAAAGAGAGGUGGGCGAUUGAUAGAGCGCAUAGAGCCCUAAGGGCCCAAAGAACGGAGGGGCAG